CAGACGAAAAACGCAUCAUUCGAAAUUGCGAUACACUCUGGGGCGGUGGGUGCGUACAUUUGUUUUCAAAACGUUUGUGGAAAAUCUUUGCUGACAGCUACAUCCAAUGUAAUAUUGAGAAACCGGUUUACGUAGAUUAGUUUCCAUAUGGAUCGAAUGAAGUGAAGAAAACCUCAAUUGAAAAAUCUAUUGAACGUCGAGGUUCAAAUAGUACGACUUCUGUGUCUUUUGUUCUUAAGUGAACUCAGAGGAAUAUGUUUUGAAGUUUUUUUUUUCACCACAACAUUCGCGCCUACGUGUUAGUGUGUGCAUGGCAAUCAAGGAUAGAAUAAGAGAGAAAGCGUGCGAAUACCGCACACCCUUGUUUACUGCACGUGAGCGGAGAGAAUUUUUCCGCUCCUGACGAAUGAAUUUCCUCUUCGCGGAAAUGCGAGCCAGUGAAAUUUGGAAAACCUAACCAUUCGCCUGAGCCCGUGCUGAGAAAUCAGUCUGUUUUUAGCUUUCGGUGAACCGUGUAUCGCCCUCCUCCGCAGAUGGACAGAUGAGACAGAUUGUACUCAAAAUAUAGUAUAAUAACUAAUCAUCUCUUCUCUUGUGCACUGUUUGGGAGGCAAAAAUAAACUAUGCCUGUUAAAAUGUACAGAUAAUGAGUGUUAUCGUUACUGCCUAGCGGUUUUUGCGACUCCGGCCUACUGUGAACGAAAGUGAAUUGUCUCCCAAUGCUCUGCAGAAUCCACCCGGAGUUCCUUUCCACAAAUUAGUUUCGGUUUCAUCUAUCAAAAAUAGAAAAGAAAUAUAAAUGGGAAGCCAGUCGAAGCUGGUGAAAUAUUGCCUCCCAGUUGUGCAGUAGUGGACAAUAUUACCGGCCAAUUCGCAGCAGUUGGUCGUAGACAGAAAAGAAGAUUGAAACGGGCAGCAGGGGAAUUUGCAUCCAGUCGUCACAAUAUGUUCAAAAAUAUCUACCAUCAAAAAGAGAAGAUGAAAGCAAGCGCCGCCAAGUAAACGGUGUGUUGUUGAAUUGGUGUCUCUGGCAGUCUUGGAGAAAUCUCUGGCUUUUAGUAGUGUUCGGAGUUGUGAAAAUUAACGCACGCCUGCCGUUUGCCUUUCAGUAGCCGGAGAAGGGAAUUUGCACGAGAAAAAAUAGAUACAAUUUUAGUGAAUUCUGGACGGCUGUCAAGAGCGUACACUGAAGAGGCCGGUGAAUCCCGCAGCAAGCGUGAGUGUUUUUUCCCUAUAUGAGAGAUGUGCUUCUGCAGGGGCAGGAAAAUUUUACGAUUCUCCUGGACUAAUCUCAAGUGCUCUGCUGUUCAGUAUUCCGAUCUUGGAAGUCCCCAAAGUAUCAGCGGGCAUUUCGCAAUAACGGUGUAAUUUCUUAAUUGCCAUCCGUUGUACGAGCGACUCACGAUCCAAGCAAACAUCGGAAAACUGUCUUCAAUCCAGCAGGUGACAUCUAUUUUUGUGCAGUACCUACAGCUGAGAUUGACGAGUGCAUUCGGUGCAUUUUCCCGCCCCCAGCCCACCUUGCAAGAAGUGCGAAAUCACCCAUCCGAGUGAACGACAGAACAUUACCCACAAGGAAAGUGUGUGAAAUGUUUUUCCCUGCCGGCUGAGCGAAAGAGAAAAAGAGUAAGCCUCCCAAUAAGAGAGUGAGAAAUUGUGUGAAAAAAUUGUACUGUGAAUGCCAUUACUCCGUGUGUCUAGUAGUAAAAGCAACUCGAUGUUUACUCGUAAUUGAUGGUGUUCUUAAUUGAAUGGAAAAAGCCUCCAGGAAGUAAAUGAUCUAAGGCGUAAUGUAAUCUCUCAGUUUGUGUAAAAACAAUGAAGAAGUGAAAUCUUGGCUCUGCGAAAAAGUGUUUCCACUUAGGUGUCAUAAUAAAAAUCCCAACAAAAUACAUAAAUAAAGUUCUCACUCCUGUGGCGUGGUAUCGAUGUGUGUAUCAAGUGCAGAGAAAAAGAAUAAGCAGUCGACCAAGUGAACCCGCCCAUCUACCACCCCCUUAGGAAAGAAAAACAUCGUUCCGUGUAUUUGUUAUCGUUCAAAUGAAAGUCAAAUGUGCUCCAAGUGAGAAAGGCCUGUCAAAUCAACUAUAACAGUGCUGUGGAAGGAAUUUAUGAUAAUAACUUUGGUAAAACAAGUUAAAUAUUUUAAGACAAGAAGCUAAAUUUACUUCGCCACAGUGCUACCAAACUUAGAAAAGUGAAAUCACGUGAAAAAGUCGUUCGUGUCAACGGCUGAAACCUGCUCUAAAACCAGUGCAAGAAAAGUAAGCAAAAACGUUCACAAACCCGGGAGAAGAAAGUUGCCCGCCCAAAUAACGAGGAAGGAAAAAAAACAGAAAAUAACGAAAACUUGUGCGAAAGUGAGUGUUAAAUCGGUUUACUGCUGCAGCGGGUGAAAUCGUUCAAUAAACUGGAGAAAUCCGUGUCUAGCGAAAAAUUGUCUUCGUGUUCUAAAUGUUUGCAUCGACCGAACUUGCCAGGAUCAACUAAAUGACUUGACACAGAACUAGCCGCACCCCUGUACCUCAAGGAAAAAACAGACACCAUAACAUGCUACAAAUAUCAUCGAAAUGAACCAAAAAAUGCAAAGUGAUAUCUUGGCUAGUUGAAGCCAAAACGAAAAACCAAUGAAGGAAAACUAGGUGAAUGCGCGACCAACGAAGCGAAUGAGAAGUGCUUUCCAAAAUCUUAAAAGAGAAGCGGCGCCGAAUAGAAAAAAAGCAAUGAAAGUGUGUUGAGUUGAAAAUAUUUCCUCUUAGUUGCAGUGCUUUUUUUGUUUAAACGAGUUGCCAUCUUCUGUUGAAAUAGCCGUGAAAGUUUAUUGUUAAAUUAAUUGCUGCUGCUUUUUGGCUAACACGCUAAAAGUUGUCACACCGCCAUUACAAGCUCUCACAUCAAAAGCCAUUGCGAAAUGGCCACCAAAUAUGGCACACAAAUUAUUUACACCAACUCUCGAACCACCAUCAAGCUCCGAAAGCCUGUAUCCACAUUGUCGAUUCCCGGAUCGAUGAAAACACCGUGUGCCGGUAAUCGGGAAUCAGUAUCGGCUGCAUGCACAGAAGAAGCCGGUGUCGCGCUCGUGGGCGUACACUCAGAGUAUCCCAGGUACAUGGAGGAGCGAGGCCUGGGAGGCGGCGUCUGUAAAGGUCCCGGUACGGUACAAGGCGGUCCUGGUCAAAAGCAAAAACCAAAUGUAGGAUAUCGACUUGGACGGCGGAAAGCGUUGUUCGAGAAGCGAAAACGAAUCAGUGAUUAUGCCCUCGUCAUGGGUAUGUUCGGAAUUAUUGUGAUGGUGAUAGAAAACGAAUUAAGUAGCGCUGGUGUAUAUACUAAGGCAUCUUUUUAUUCAACUGCUUUAAAAACGUUAAUAUCCGUAUCGACUGUGAUUUUACUCGGGCUAAUUGUAGCCUACCACGCCUUGGAAGUUCAGCUUUUUAUGAUAGAUAACUGCGCGGAUGACUGGCGGAUAGCGAUGACCUGGCAGCGAAUGAGCCAAAUAUCUUUAGAAUUACUCAUCUGUGCGGUGCAUCCCAUUCCAGGUCAAUAUUAUUUUCUAUGGACAACUAAACUAGCGAAUAAGAAUAAAGCCAUGGGAACGGAGCUCGUCCCGUACGACGUCGCGUUAUCCUUGCCAAUGUUCCUUCGUUUGUACCUGAUAUGCCGUGUGAUGCUGCUACAUUCGAAACUAUUUACCGAUGCUUCAUCACGUAGUAUAGGUGCACUGAAUCGUAUCAAUUUUAAUACACGAUUUGUGCUAAAAACACUAAUGACAAUAUGCCCGGGAACGGUCCUACUAGUAUUCAUGGUUUCAUUAUGGAUAAUAGCGUCGUGGACGCUCCGGCAGUGCGAGAGGUUUCAUGAUGAAGAACAUGCCAAUCUGUUGAACGCCAUGUGGUUAAUCGCAAUAACCUUUCUGAGCGUUGGCUUUGGCGAUAUCGUGCCGAACACGUACUGCGGCCGGGGCAUCGCAGUCAGUACGGGUAUUAUGGGAGCUGGCUGUACAGCGCUUUUGGUGGCAGUCGUAUCGCGAAAGCUGGAGUUAACACGAGCGGAAAAGCAUGUACAUAACUUCAUGAUGGACACUCAACUAACAAAGAGGCUGAAAAAUGCAGCAGCCAACGUACUGCGGGAGACCUGGUUGAUAUACAAGCACACACGCCUGGUGAAACGCGUGAAUCCUGGUCGGGUGCGGACACAUCAGCGGAAGUUCCUGCUGGCAAUCUACGCGCUACGAAAAGUAAAAAUGGAUCAACGAAAACUUAUGGACAAUGCCAAUACCAUAACAGACAUGGCAAAGACUCAAAACACCGUUUAUGAAAUAGUUUCGGAUAUGUCGACUAGGCAGGAUACGCUUGAAGAACGAAUCAAUAGUUUAGAAGAUAAGUUACAAUCCAUUCAGACACAAAUCGAGAAUCUUCCCGAAGUGCUGACGCGCUGCCUGACACAGCACCAGGAGCGCAUGGACCAGCGAAGGAACUUUCUGCACCCGGAUGCGGCAGUAACCGGUUCAUCGUCCGGUUUACCCACACCGGCCCCUCCGCUGGGUUCACCGAUGAUGCUGCCGCACUCCAGUUUCUCUUUUAGGAGUGUUCCGUCGUCGUCGACACCGGCCUAUCCCUGGCCCGCUAGUCCCAUACUCCCACCAAUCUCUAGUAGAACACCACACCUGGUCCCGGAAACGCUCAUUCCCGCACCAGCGACGACGGCAUCAUCAAUCCUGUUGAAUUCCAUCAUCAACCAGUCGUCUACGACCGGGGAUACGCAGUUGGCCAUGCACAGGGGAACUAGCUGAAUCGAACCCAGUAGCUCAAACUCAAUUUCCCUAAUUUCAUUUUCCAACUCCAAUAAGUCCAACAUCAAUAUCAACACAUCCAUACCGACGUCGAGUAGUAGUAAAUUCACCAAACAGCGGGAACGAGCUACACGUUUCUAGCUACUAGCGAUUCCGAAUCCAUAAACCAUAAACUGACAAAACGGAACCCACCGGGUCCGUGAGCCGAAAGCAACUGACGAGAGCUGGCGAAUCGUGUGAUGGUCGAAAAUCGUAGCCAAACGAUCAACGCUGUCGUGUCACUUACUGUGUACAGAAAAACGAUAUAUGCGCCCACUACAUUAUAUGAUGAGAGGGUAAAGAUAAUGCUAAUUAUGGUGAUGUUGACUAUAGCCGGAAAUCGCAAACAUGAACCGGAUAGACGGUUUGAGCACAGGAAAUGUUAUAAAAAGACUACUUAGCGAUUAGUGAGUAAUGAAACUCUACGAUACGAUAAGAAAAAUUCGAUAGCGACUUACAAACUACACGAAACGAAAUGAAACACCAGUUGUGAAAAAAUAAAAUAGUCGCAUGACAGGUUGAGCUGUAGCGUUAUCGAAAUUGUUCAGUUCGCAUCAAACUAGGCGGGUAGACCCGGUCAAAUAGAAAAGAUACAACGUGGAGAGUUAGUUUCCAAAUAUUAGUGCUUAAUUUAGUAUUGAAAAAUUUACAUUGCUUUAGAGGAUUAAGGGCAGAGACCAUUCAAUACUCUGUACUUGUUAGGUUCAAUGUUAAUUUUUAUUAGCGUAAAUCGUAUAUUUUUAUGAUAGGUAAUGAAUUGAAAAAAAAAACAAAAAAUCGACAAAAGACAUAUUAUCAUGUAACACCGAACAAAAAAUAAUAAACCGAAAAAAUGAGGUUCCAAAGAGCAGAAUAGUAAGUCGGACGGUGAUAUUCAUCAUGUUUCAAUCUCAAUCUUUCAAUUCAAUCAAUAUUGACACAACGUAGCGCAAGAUCUUCCACUAUAACGGAUACAUCAAAUGUUACUCCGUUAUUGUUGAAUUGUUCUCAAAUAUCAUGUCGCGAAAGUACUAAGGAUCAGUUAAUAGGGAUUCAACAUUAUGAUUUUAAUGCAUUCAGUUUCCAAAUUACCAAACUAAAGAACCCACGGUCUCACAAGAGAAAGGCCAAACAUGGACGUGUUGCCUCAGACUUGUCAUUCAAUGCGACUUUAAAAAAAAGGUUAGAAAAAAUACCAGUAUUCAAAGACUUUCACUAAAUUGAAGUCAACAGCACAUACUGCAUAGAUCCUUCCUUGAAUAUUAUGGCUGUGAAAUUUCGACACUGUUGGCUGUCGUUCAAAGAUGCGAUACAAUGCCUGUUGGUGAAUAGCGGAAUUAUUGUGCCAAUGCCUCACAAAUUUUGAUUUACGUUUAUACGCCAAAAGGAAACCACUAUUUUGGAAAUAUCGAAUCUUCAACUUUGUAAUGAGCAACAUGAGGUAUACUAUAGCCAGUGUUGAGCAAAUUACGAAAACGAAUACGUGUAUAGAUACCUUAAUGCACGUAUAUUGAUUUUAUAUAUUUUCAAUACCAUUAUAUCGAUAUCUGAUUCAGUUGAGCCAGAUUUUGUACGAAAGAAACAGUGUCAUGUCAGAAUUUAUCUUAGAUGUACAAUAUUUUAAUUAUUUUAGUUUGCUUUAUUUUAUUAACUUGUAACGGAUACGGUGCCUUUUCGAAUGCAAGAAUUUAAAGGGCGAAUGCAAGAAUUUAAAGGACAUCUGCAAGUAAUCUGUGAUCAUAUUGCAACCGAUUUGUUAUGGUGAAUCACAAUGGUCCUAUGAGGUACAUUUGCGACAGCUUCUUCGAUGCAUUGAUAAUGUUCUUUAAGUGCUAAAAAAAUCUAAUAGAUUAUAUUGUCGGGUGGAUUUCACUGGCGGAUCCAGCGGAGGCACAUAGAGGGGGUCACAUGUGUCCCUAUUCAGCCGGAAAGUUUGUUUAGUAGAAAUGCGUGUGUAUGAAAAUCAUUCGCGAAUACUUGUUCUUGUGAACCAGCCCUUAGAGGUAUCCUUGAAAAACAACUUAAAUAAUUUCUGUGUUCAAUUUGCCAUUUUUUCGCUACUUUCACCGAAUGCCAGGAAACAGGUUUCCGAAAUUUUAUUACCAUUUUCGAAACCUUGCAUAUUUUUCCAAGAAAGUGUGUCCACCUUUAGCAUCCGGCUGGAGCCCCACAUGGUGGAUUUAAGGAAAAGGAUGGGUUUUCUAAACGUUUCUAUUCGAUGAUGAAUCGUCAAAUGAGAUUAUUCAAGUUUGUUCAAGCUUCGUGGUAUUUGAAAUCAAGUUUUCAAUAUAACCAAACAGUAUGUACUGUCCCAACAAGCAUCAUGCAUUCAUGCUUGCUAAAACUCCAUUCACACUUGCAAAAAUGUCCUUUGUGAACAAGGUACGUUGGAAAUUUAUAUAAUUAGUUACUAUCUUACGAGAAUAUUUGCUUCUCUGGUACCUUUAUUGCGGUGAAAUGCAGAAAAAAUAUGGCAGUGAAAAGUUGAGUUGAAGGUAGGGGAGCCCAGGGCUAGUUGGCGGUUGGGGUAAGUUGACAGAUCCCUCUUUUCUCUGUUUCUAUUAGACAUUAAGCGCUGCCUCCUUCUCCUGCCUCAAGUAAUGUGACACACUGUAUCCAAUGUGUUUUUGUUGCAAAACAUUUUGUUUUGUAGAAGUUGUGGGCGAUAUAUUGUUCUCUAGCACACUGAGUAAAGUAUAGUAUAGAUAUUACACCUAUCCAGAAAAUUGUUUUUUGAAUAGUUUUUUUAAAAAAUAUUUGGUUGGGGCAAGUUGGUGGUGAUGCACGUGGGGCAAGUGGGCGGUAGAGUAGAGUAGGGGUCAAGUAGGUUUGUUUUUUGGCGAGCUAGUGCGAUGGUAUUUUUGCACUGGUUUUGACAAACAGGCAGUUGUUAGAAAGGUUAUACAUCUGGCAACGUUUUAGCUAUGAUGAUUUUAUGCCUGGCUAAAUAGGCGAGGGGUCCUUUUUCGAUGUUUUUUUUAAACUGGUGCUACAAUGGGUCACUAUAUUCGUGGUUAACUAAAAUUCUUCCUAAUAUAUUAUUCAGCUGAACCCAACCAUGAUUUCGCAAAAAACUAAAGUUCUAGGGAAUCAACUGCUGGUUAACCACCAUGUGCCGUUAGGCCCCAUACAAAACUUCAUUCAAAGCUUAAUAACUUCUCCUAAGGAAGUUCAAUUGGGUUGUCGUCUGCGACAAAGUUGUAAAAAAUAAAAUGAUCUUUCUUAUUUUCAUUUGCCGUGAUGAAUUGAUCUAUACAGUACCACCUAUCAGUACAACUGUGAGCCAGUAGGGUUUCUCCAAUCCAUCUAACGUCACAAACAAGUCAGGUAUCUCUGCAGCUAUUUUGGCGCUUGGUUUUGAGCCAUUCUGCAUCAUGCGAAUAGACUUACUCCUUUUUGUCCGAAACCAUGGUCAAUCUGUCACAGUUCAUUUCGUUUCACAAAAUUUUUUGAUAUAUAACCGAUGGAUUGUAUAUAUUUUAAUACCAAAAAGGUUUUGACAUCAAGAAACAGUACAACAUCAGAAUUGGAGCUACCCCCCGUCCCAUGAUUUAAACAACAGGCUCAAAUGGGCAGGGUGACAAUAGUAACAUGACUAAAAUGUGCUCAACACUUUUGUUUCAAAUCAAUCUCGGUUGCAUUAAGUUAUGGCUAACUCAUAUUUGAUUCAAUUCGUUCUUACGUACAUGUAUGAUGCGAUAGUCCAAAAAGAAAAGAUUUACCUUGAAGAACAGCUCAUGAGAUGAAAAAUGGAAAAUUCAAUUAUUUUUCAUUUAACCAGUAUUCAAAUAUGCCUACUUUUCCAAUGUUGUGGUCCCAUAUUAUUCAGUGCAAUCAAACUACCGAAACUGUUCGAUGUGAGGGAGAGAUCUCUCCAUGUACUGUAACAUGUUGUCGAAACAAACAAGGUAGGGGAGCCCAGGGCUAGUUGGCGGUUGGGGUAAGUUGACAGAUCCCUCUUUUCUCUGUUUCUAUUAGACAUUAAGCGCUGCCUCCUUCUCCUGCCUCAAGUAAUGUGACACACUGUAUCCAAUGUGUUUUUGUUGCAAAACAUUUUGUUUUGUAGAAGUUGUGGGCGAUAUAUUGUUCUCUAGCACACUGAGUAAAGUAUAGUAUAGAUAUUACACCUAUCCAGAAAAUUGUUUUUUGAAUAGUUUUUUUAAAAAAUAUUUGGUUGGGGCAAGUUGGUGGUGAUGCACGUGGGGCAAGUGGGCGGUAGAGUAGAGUAGGGGUCAAGUAGGUUUGUUUUUUGGCGAGCUAGUGCGAUGGUAUUUUUGCACUGGUUUUGACAAACAGGCAGUUGUUAGAAAGGUUAUACAUCUGGCAACGUUUUAGCUAUGAUGAUUUUAUGCCUGGCUAAAUAGGCGAGGGGUCCUUUUUCGAUGUUUUUUUUAAACUGGUGCUACAAUGGGUCACUAUAUUCGUGGUUAAAUAAAAUAAUGUACACGCCUAGAAAAUCAACGAUUCAACUUUUAUUUGAAAAGUAUGAAUACUGCAGAUUAUUUAAAAAGUUAAUUAUUUUUAAAUAAUAUGCAAUCCAGUGAUGUCAUUCAGGUAAAAAAAUGAGGAAGUGGCAAAUGAUGUAAAAAAUCAUGAAACCGCGGAAGGAAAUGUUGAAAAAUCUUAUUUUUUCAGCAGCUGCGUCUGGCUUUGUACUUGUGAAUUACUUCCUCGGUGUCCUCGUUGUAGCCAGAGUGUGGAAUUGAGGUUGUGCAUUCCGAGUCUCGUACUUGCUAAGCUGUGCGACGAUCACUUUGCACUUCGGAGCAUUUUUUUGGAUUCCUUUGUCUUCUCUUUUUCGAUCAUGUUUGUUCGAUUAUCAACUUCAACAACACCUCAAAUUAAUAUAUUGUUAACUGACGCGGAACAUCUGACGCGCUUUCAUUGAUGAUGAACCUUGAAUUGUUGAGAGGCUGAUUGAAUACUAACGCCAUCUUUAACAGAUGUAAUUGCGUUCUUUAUGUCCUCUUCACUUCGCUUUGGCAUUUUUCGCACAAAAUUAUGUUGUCUCAUAGCUUCAAUACGUUAGUGUGACAAUUUUGAGAUGAUUUUCACAACUUUGUUUUAAAACCACAUAGCACAUUUAAGGGUUAAAUGUACUGUACUGACGACGAAAGACAAUGCGUUUUCGCAGAACAACACUUGAAAACAUAAACGACGCUGUAACUAAUACAGCAGAUCCACGGUAAAGGUUAGUUUAUAGUUCGGAAAACGUCUCCCGGGAUUUGGGUCCCUGUGUAUUUUAAAUGGAGCUCGGGAUUUUAAAUCCCGGAAACGCUUUUAUGAAAUUCAGAUAUGUUCCCAACAGUCUGCCUUUUUAUGCAACGUGUUCUUUUUUUAAAUAUCUACCUUAAUCAAAGCGGUAAAAAAUGAAAUCUGAAAACACCGCCAACCAGCCCCGGUCUCCCCUACUGUCGCUAACAUAGCACACGUAGCCCUAUACAUGACCUAUUCAAAACACUGUAAGUUUUCCAAAAAUAAUGCUUCAACAUUAUUGUACAUUGUUCAUCUAGUUUCACUUUUCUAACCCGAAAAACAUCCUAGGAAAAAAAAGGCUCUUAUAUUAUGUUUAACUUUUGUAAACCAUGCCUAUCGUCCAUUAUGCCCUUGACCAUAUAUGGUCAAGGCUACUGUCUGUCACGUUACAUUUUAACGCAUAUUUCAUAAGAUAAGUCAGCAAAAACAAUAAAACCAUAUUCUAUCACAACUGCACAUUAUUAAGGUCACUAAACCGCACAUUUUUUCCACAGAAAGUCUUUUUCUAUCAUGAACCGUUUUCACUUUAUUGUCAUUUUGAUACGUCUGUCACGUACACGUUACACACUAAAUAGAAAAAGUCUGUUCCGUUGGCCCCCAAAUUUGCAUGAAAACAGUUUUAAGUUGAAGCUUAGAAAACAAGGAAGAGUUUCAAAUAUAGUUUUCCUGAAGAAAAAUUUUGUUUUGGAUUUUAUGGAGUAUUCUCAAUGAUCUGUCACGUUACAACCAGAAUCACGUCACGUUACAGCUCUGCAUUUUCAUUGAAGCAAGGAUAUCAAGACAAUCGUACACAAAUCAUCCUUAAUCUAGGAACUGAGUAUUACCGGUAAAUUUCAUGUUCAUUUUGAAAAACAUAUUGGUUUUGAUGAACAAACGUGAAAAACUUUUAAAAAGGUCGUAAUUUCACGAAGUAACAUAUUAUGUCGAAAGAAAAUCCAAAAUAACUUGAAAACAUCUGCAUUUUGAAGGAUAAUUUUUCGAGAGCAUUUUGAAUUGAAAACACAUUUUGAAAUACAUUCUAUAACUAAAUUAUUGAAAGAAAAAAAAUUAAAUAAAAAUUAAAAAUUAAAAAAAUUAUUGAAAUAUGUUAAAACUUUUUAUUGUUAUUUUCUCUACGAUGCAAUUAUAUUUUAAAGCUUUUUUUAUUUUCAAUUAAAUUUUAAACGUUAUAUUUUUUGAGUUUGGUGUUUGUUAGUUAAAUUUUAUAAAAGGGCGUAUUUUCACUACUACAUAUUUUUGUUGAAAAAAAAAAUCAAAAUCGGGAUUAUCGAUUAAAAGUGCACCAGAUAUAGGUCGGAAAUUUUUUCUUAAGAGCAUUUUGCUUCGAAAUUAUAUUUAGUAUUAAUAUUGUAAAAGAAAAUUAUAUUUAUGACUGGCAAAUACUAAGAAAUUUAAAAGAAUACUUGAAGUUAAAAAUGCUUUCUUACUAAUAACUUCCUAAUAGUGCAAUUAUAGUUACAUCAGUUUAUAGGCUUUCGUUAACAAAAAAAACAUUGUUUUCUGUAAUUGUAUUUUUAUUUUUUUUCUUUUUUAACAAUGUAUUUGUAUUUUUAACAUUUUUUUGCUUUUUUUUGAAAAAACGCAGAACAAUUGAUUCCCUAGAACUCGCUAUCAUAUAGUUUUGCUGCACAAAUGGCGAUUUUCGAACAAUAUAUAUUGAAAUCAGUGCAUUCAAGAUCUCAUACGCCCUUUUUAAAUUUCACUCUUGAAUAAAAAUUGUUUGUUCAAUAUUGAAAAAUAUUUAGUCUCCCAUAUACAUGAAACGUAAAAGGUUUCAUCAGAAUCAAAGAUGGUCACCAAUAUUGACGCAAUUUAAUCAAACUUGAUAGAAUUGCUUUACAGCAGAAAAAAUCUGUCACGUUACAUAAGAUAAACAGUGUUUUCUUAAAAAUAAAUAAAACUUUAAAGUUUUCACAAUACAGUUUCAAAAGGUAGACUCAAAGUAGUAAGAAAAAAUGCAGGUUAGACAUUCGGCCCUAUUCUGCGCGGCGUGUGACGUGAGACGACUAAUCUCACCUCACUUUACGUGACUUUUCUCACCCUAUUCUGAGAGUCGACUCGGGUGAUGUGAGAUUCCCCAUUGCGGUUAAAUGGGUGUCUCACGUCACCCGAAGUGACUCUUCAGAAUUGGGUGAGAAAAGUCACUUAGAGUGAGGUGAGAUUAGUCGUCUCACGUCACACGUCGCGCAGAAUAGGGCCGAUUGUAUGCAUGCUGUUGGUGUGGUCCACAAAACUUUUUUGAAUUUUUGAUCUGUCACGUUACAAGUUAUUUGGUUUCCAUUACUUCACAACUGAAAAUAAGCAAUAAUCCAUAUUCAUCAAAAAAUUUCAAGCAAUAUCAUCAAAUUUAAAUUAGACUACGAUAGAAAAAUGUGGUUGCAAGCAAAAAGUUGAAAAUAUGGAUUUUGUUUACCUUUUUAUCUCCUUACGGUCUUCUAGUCAUUCAGGUCAUACACUUAGCAUGACAAACUUUCAUAAACGACAGACAUGAAUUUUUUUUUUCUGGGAUCACUAUUCAUAUUUUUUUUUAAUAUUAGAGGUUAUAUACAUACGGAAAACAAACAGUUUGACGCAAAAUUUGAUAAAAAAUAAUUUCGCCUGUGGUUACCAUUUUCGGAGCCUUGACCAUAUCAUGCCUAACGUAUCGUCGCUGUUGGGCUAUCUUAUGACAAACGCCAUGUUGGCAUAAACUGAGUUAGAUAUGCAGCAUCACUUGUCUAAAAAAUCUGUACAAAGCAGCGUUUUCAGAAUUUUGACAUUCUGCUUGGGUACUGAGCUAUAGCGAGAAACGUGCUGAGAAAUUUUUCUUUUUUUUGCUUCAAAUGCAGAGCUUAAAAAAAAUGACAUCGCUGCAUGAACUUGAAAGAAAACGAAAUUCAAUUCAUGCCAGCUGCGAUGAAUGAAAUUUAUGGUUCGUUUCCAUCGCCAUUCGUUCUCCCGACGCAGUGCUUUCAGGUACGGACAUGUUCGGUUUCAGAAGCAAAGUGAAUUUCAUUUCUAUGCUGGCUUUGAGAGGGAUUAUCGAUUAAAAGUGCACCAGAUAUAGAUUACGCAGUUCACUUAUGCUCGAAAAUGUAAAAGAUGCUAACUUCUGCCUUCAAACUGUCGACAUAAUACCAAAUGAAUGCUUUGGUUGGUGAAUGAAUUUAUAUUUCCUCUACACUCAAGCAUUCGAUUCUGCGUGAAAUUUCAGUCAGUUGGAAAGUGAAUGAAUAAGAGAGGCGUUGAAUCUGAAUGUCGGUUUCGGUAAAUGCAAGCAGAAAUAGGUAACUGAUUUUGAAAUUUCGUGACACUGUUCAAAUGACUCUGUCUGGGAAUUGGCUCAAGUCAGCUUGAUGUAUAAGAUGUUUUUAUGUGUAAAACUAUCUGAGAAACACAAUGGCAUAAUCAUUUUUAAAACCAAAAUACACGACUUGUGAGAAAAAAGCAGUUUAACUUUUAAAUUGGAAAUGUAGCAUAUUUAGCAACACUGUAACCGAAAAUAACAUUUUUUUCUAGAUUCCUUGACUCAUUCCUUUCAAAAUGCAUCUCACCGAUGAUGUUACAUAAAUGAAGCCAAAGAUAUGAAUGAAAGUUAAAAAUUGAUGAUUUUUCUUAAGGAAAAAGAAUAUACAGAAGCAUCAAUUAUCUUCUUUGAAUUGUUUAUACCAUGCAUAAGUUUCAAGAUAUUCAAUCGCAAACUUUAAAAAUCGUUUUUCUCGAAAUGUGCUAACUGACGCUUGUUAUAAGAUAGCACAACAGCGACGGUAUAUCAUGCCUAAUCUCUCGCACCCCUUUCCGACCUGGAGGAGCAAAGACUAUCGAUGCAUCACAAUAACAAAAUCAAGCUAAACCUAGCCCACAAAACGAUAAAUACCCAUCAUUCGCGUCGAUUUCGAUGUUGUUAAUUUCGAUCGUGUCAACGAAUCGGGAACAGGAGUUUAUCCUCUCUUACUCUACGAAGUAAAGCCUUAUGCUAAUAUCCAUAAGGAUUUAGCCCAAAAACUGCGUAUCUGCAUUCUCCCAUAACAUUUUUCCGACGAUGACACCAAUAGAGAAAGAAAAACCUUCGACCAACUGUGCGAGUACAGCAGCAGGAGGGAAAAUUCGGAUCACCCCGUCUUGUAGAACACCUCUUACUGAAUUUAAAAAUUUCAAAUUUACACGGACAUAGAAAUCAAAACAGUAUUUGUUACACGAUCUAAAUAUUGAAAUUGACCACGAAAGAGUAAUAAUAUAUGAGUUAUUCUCUAGGUAUUACCUAUGCACCUUCUGUUGGGAAGACCCCUUUUGUCGCUUUAGUCUAUAAAAACACACCAGUCACGGUAAUUACAGAAAAUUUAUAUGGCACAGCUAAGCAUUGUGUCGCUUCUAUAACAGAAGAAAUGAAGAGACCACCACCUUGCUUUGCAUAGAUCCAACCAGCAACGCACCUAAGCUUUGGUAAGGCUUCGUUAGAAAUUAUCCUUAUUACUGCUAUAUCUGCUACAAACGCACUACGUAGUUACCUCAAUAAUUAAUUCGUCUAGAAAUUUUCAAAUAAAUGGUAUGUUCGUUAAUUGUAUUAACAGAUUAUAUUUGAUAUUACUUGAUUAAGGCACAUAACACCGGAGAGCAUCAUAUAAAAGGUAUUGAGGAUGAGCACGAUGACUUCUGACCUAAUUAGCAUUCUGGCGCUGAAUGGAACUUCGUUCUAUGUCGUUAUAGAUCAACUUAAUUACAAUGGAAUAUGUUAUAACACUUUUAACUCUAUCACAAAAUCAUCGACAUCAAUAUUAACAUUCGCCUAGUCAAUCACUUUCAGAUGUCUUACGACUGCCAACAGAAACAAAUUAGAAUAUGGUUCAAAUGAUAUUUGAGGACUUCAAACGAUGCAUCAAUCCGAUUGCGGUUUAGUUGUUCCACGGUGCUACACUAGUAUUGUGUAAAAAGAGAUAGAAUUAUAAUAACCAAGUUUGAAUGAGUGAAGCAGUAACUAAACUGGUGUAGUGGAGUGUCAAAAACAAAAAUGUCACUAUGAAACAGUGUUACAAAUUCAGACCACCUGAUGAUAACCAAGGAACAGUAUCAUUCGUUGUACAGAGAAAUACUUCUCGUUCAGUUUAUCCAACAAACUACGUGUAACUGAAAUCUUCAGCUCGAUCCUGACAAAUAAUUCUGCUCGUUAAUCUGUUUUAAACUCAAAAAAGCCAUGCGAGUUCAUAUUAUACCUGCAUUCAAAAUGACACAAUUAUGUACACAUGAAAAUAAAUGAAACUUGCCUAACGAACAAUGCAAAGUCCAUUUCAUAGCGACAGUUUCUUCCUAGAUAAAGCGCCUAAAAAUAGAUAUUGCAUUAGAACAACAAAACAAUGAGCUCGAGAGGAAAAAUGUCAUUAUUCAAAAUGAAGCAAGCAUGAUAGUUCAGUGCAAACAUACACCACAUGUUAUUGUGAUAUUUUAUAGUAUAUUUUUAACUGUGUGGAUUGACAUCUUCAUAUGCAAAACCAAUAAACUAGCUGUCUAGUAAUGCUUUAUGUUGAUCCUGCUUAUGUAUAGAUGUAAAAUUUAAAAAAAAACCUUCCAAAUUCUUCGAGCGCGUCAGAGCGACCACAUAUCAGCUCAAACUAAUUUCCUCAUAAUUUUCACACGAACUAUCAACGUCUAAAACAACUCUAAUUUAAAGUGCCUUGUUGUGUCACCCUAAUUCCGCUUCUUUGCGAAACAAUUGAAAUGUCUGAAUUUCAAGAACCCACCUUGAAACAUUCUCCUCGCCCACCUAUUUUCCCGCUUUGACACCAUUGAUUUUGAAUGAAUAAAUAACAAGCAAGCCCAAACCCCAAAAGUUACAGUUAUACUACGAGAAAAUAAAAGCAGGCUGUGUGAGCUGAGUAGAUUUAAGAGUCCUUGGCACAGGAACACGGUAAAACGCGGACGCCGUUCCAGAGGACGUCUUCAAAGCUACAUCCGCACGUUUCAAAAGCGGACCAAAAUAGAUUUCAGCUGCUGUAACGCUACACUCUCCGGGUGAAGAACGGUAGUUUUCAAAGUCGUAGAUAAAAUAACGAAAAACCUAAGGUUAACAUUUUCCAUGGUAAAUCUGAAUAGCUUAAUUAUGAAUAUAGUGUAGGAAUAUUAACCAAGCCAGACUACCCAAUCUCCGGUAUAAUAAAAUUACAAAAGUCACAGAAGGCUUUAAAGCAAAAAAAUUCUAGAUCUGGAGAAUAAAAACGAAAAAAGCACAAUUUUAAAUCAUAGAUUUCUUGAGCAAACUUUUCCGUUACCAUUAGCAACGGUUUUACCGAUGUAGCAACUUCAUAGUAACACUUUAUAGCAUCAAACAAUUACCGGUUUCCGCGCAACCCUUUCAAAGUACCACAUAUUGCAAGGAACAAGAAAAACCUUAACUUAGCAGCGACAAAAAAACUAAUGUAAAAAGAUAAACCAUUUAGGAAAGAAAGAAUGAAAGAAAGAAAGAAGCAUUACAUCUAUAAAUAAUAGGACAAGAAACGAACAAAAGUUUUGGUAAAAUUGCUUUAAAUAACGUAACUGAGGAAACUAUUCCCGUGCGUUAGAACGGUGGUUCAGUUCUUUGUUUUUGUUUUGUUCGUUAUUAAAGUAUCUCAAUGAAUUCAAUAAACAAAAAAUGGCAAAUAUCCAUUGUUGCCAACUCAGUUUGAAAUUUGUAGUAUGAAGAAUUACAUUUUUAUGAACAAGUUAUCCACAAUUCCGAUCGUGCCUCUGGUAUUUUCUCAACCACAAUUAGUUUCUAAAAUAUACUGAGUCGAAUCAUUUUUCGGCUUUCGGAUGUGGAUACAUAAGAGGACACUCAUAGAUUGAAACAUUCUCUGUCCAACUAACGAAAUUGAUUCGCUAGUAGGAACGACUAACCAAAAACUGGUCACAAUGUAUUAGUUGUGCUAAUGCAUCUAUUCACAUCUCCAACUCUUGUCAGUUUGAUAGUCAAAGUGAAUUCGACGUGAAAUUUUGACAUUCAGGUGUUUUUGGUUGGACAAGUAUACAACUAGCGGCGGUCCAACUAAAAUCGGCCGGAUGAUUUCGACUGAAAUAAAACGAAAUUCAAUCUGCACUAAAAAUGCGGUGCGUGUGUUUGCUGUGCAGAUGGUUUUCGCUAUACAUACAUAACAGUCGAAAAUCGAACGGCUUGGGGAAUUCUGAAACUAUAUUUAUUAGUGUAGUAUCGAUUUAUUUUUUUAUUAUCCGUCGACUCCUGUCCACACUGAGCGCCAAUUGCCGAAUAAAAUAGGUGGCUCCACCAUCUGGACCCUAGAUAUCGGCCCAUCAACACAUGGACCGGGACAACGGCUUUACUUCCCUUCCGAAGGAACUUCCGAAGGAAGACGUAACCACAGAUGUUUCACCUCAGAAAAUCUCAACAACCUCGGCUUGAAUUGAACCCAGACCUGUUGUGGUGAGUGACGGUCACGCACCGGCGCCGUCAAGUGUAUAGCGUCGUGUCAGGUGGAACAGAACAGAACAAAUGAGUUCGUGCUCCCUGCCAGUCUGAUGCGACGAGUCGUUGAUUCAACGAACGUACGUCCCAUGGCUACUAUAACACUUUGACUGCGUUAAAUAAGGCAGUUGGAGUACUAAACUAUAAGUAAUAUGUGUCAAAAUAACGUCAUAGAAGUCUACUCGCUUGUAUCAGAUUGAUGCUGGCUCAAUUGGAUUUAGGAUGAAGUUUGGGAUCCCGGAAUAGAUUAGGACUUUGGAAAAGGAAUCAGUUUAGGCACAUUUUGAAUUUAAAACCAUACUUAAAUGUAACAACUGAUUCCGGCUGAGUUAAGCACGAAUCCUGUCGAACCUGUAUACCCAGUCGACUGCAAUCCAAUAUUUUUUUUACUCCUGGAUCGUUCUUACAGAAAUCGAGAUCGAAAUAUUUCGAAAUUGAUCAAUCGGAAGAAAAAACAACCACAUUCCAUCUGCCCCGUGUCAUACCAUCUGAAGACAUAGCGUCCGAAGGAUGGUACGUCAUAACGACAUUAUGAUGCACAAGGGUGAGUGUGCCAGAUGGUAUCCAAGACGCUGGGACACACUCUUAUGCCGUUCUUCAUGGCACACAACAAUUGCGAACCGAGGCGAUACGACGUUGUACCUUUGCGUCAUAACAUCUCCCGCAAUCUCGGUGGCCACGCAUUACACGCGCGAAUUUACUAUAACACACGCAGAUUUUAAUCUAUCCGAAACAAUUUUCGGAAAACUGACAGCGAUAAAAAUACAGUGUAAACAAUACAUUCUAAACUACUUCUACCCAAAUUUUCAAGAGAAAAUACCCAAUGGGUCAUUUUCUACAGCGUUUUUUCCGCGAUGCAAUUUGAUUGCGUUUGUCUCGAAACUGCGGUUUUCAAAUUGGCGAACACGAUAAUUCAAAAGCUAACCAACGAAUUGACUUGAUUUUUGUAUGAGGAUGCCCAAUAUGUGUAACCUGACGAUGAACCACAGAAAGCUGAAUAAAAAAAAAUUUCUCCCUAUUAUUUAGAAGAAAAAUGAGCUAAGUUUACAGUAAAAUAUGACAUUUUUCGGUUUUCAUGAAGCCAUUUUCCGAAACUCGAACUUUUUUCUAUUUUUUGUGGUUCAUCGACUAACAAGUCUAAGCUUUACAAAACUUAUCGAAUUUCCCGUAUCAAACAAUUUUAUCGAGAGUUAUCGUGUUCGCCGCGGCGCUCCUCCACUUGGAACGCUCGUAAGUGUGGAUCUGUGUGACUGACAAUAUUUUUUUUUCGUACACAAUGAAUGAAUAAAACGAUCCUAGCAUUACUCAAAAGAUCUAUUGUUGCUUUGCUUUCAAAAUCGUAAAAAAAACUCGUUAUGAGCACUUUACACCAGACGCUACCAUUAAGGCCGGAACACAAUCAAUGCGGUGCGGCACGGCACUGCGCGGUAUAUUAUUUAAACCAUUCCGAUUGCAUGCAUGUACUCACAAUAAGAGUUAAAAAUAUUCGAAGCUCUUUUUUGACGGCUGAAAAUGAACCUAAUGCGACUCGUGGUGAAAAGAAAAAAUAUUCAUUCAAAAAUCCAUGUUAUUCAUUCAAUUGAAUAUCGUACAAUAAUAUUCAUUUCACUGAUUAUCUAGGCAAUUGUUUUCAAAUGCCGGUAAAGCAUAAAACAACAAGUAUCAUCACUUACAUUGUGCCAUCGCUUACUUUCAUGCUUCUGACUCAUUGGUGCACGUGCAUGGAUGAAUGGGCGGUUUGUUCGUUUGACGUUUUCCGCUGCGUCAUUGAAUAUUGAAAAUGAAUGCGGCUGAAUAUGAUCAAUUUUCAUUCAAUGAGUUUGAAUAUUUGUAACUCUGCUCACAAUGACUGCGAUGCGGCAGCUGCAGUGUUUAAAAUUGCUAAAAAAAUACGGCAAGUGAGUGCGUGUCAAACGUUUUCGGCAGGAUUUAUUUACUGAAAAAUUUGGAAUUCAAGGAGAUGACACAUUAUUUUUUAAGAUUAUUUUAUAGCAAUUAAUUUAGGCUACUAUUUGUGGUAAAAUGAAAAUCGGAAAUGCUUAAAAAAUUGAAAUUCGCACAUUUCACUUAUUUUGAAUUCACUACAAUGCAAGCAUAUUAUUGUAUUUCGUACAUUGCAACUUCAAAAGAAUUUUUGUUAUAAAUUUAUUGGAGCUUCUCCAAAAAAUCAUAAGGAUUCGUAGAAUUUAAGAAAUUGAUCUUAUUUGGCUAAUAAUUUUGAAUCCAAAGCGGUAACAUAUACAUCGUUAUAUAACAUUCUUUUGCUAAUGAUGUAGACGAAAGAUUUACUGAUACUCAUUGGAAAUAAAUACAUUAAAACAUCGUAGAAAUAUUAGAACAGUAAGAAAUCCCAUUCAUUAAACCAUUCUACAAUCUUUUGAAUCAUUUCCAAUGAAUUUAACAAAAAAAAUCGAAAACUGUUACCUGCAUCCAUUGUCAUCGUUUAAUGUAUAAUUGCUUUAAAUUGAAAGUGAAUAAAUGAGAUUACUGAGUUUCUACAUAUUUCUUUGAAUUUUAUAAAGUACUUGAAAUGAAUACAAAACUUUCUUCUAUAAAUUGUAGCCGUACUUCUAUAAAUUGUACAAAUCGCUGUACAUUCAAAGUUAUUGGCUGAAUAAGCAUAAUUAAACUUUAACUUAGUUAAAUUAUAAUGGGUGAUUUCGUCUCAUCAGAAACUGACACUAACUUUUUGUCGGAAUAGAUUAGUGCCGGCUUGACGCUAAAUCUUUAAAACUGAAACACACUUUGAGCCGAGUUCUUCACCCCUGCGUCCGUGCGUCUCAGUGUCCAGAAUAUCAACUGUGACAUAAGAUCCGAAAACGAAUGGUCGCCAUAUCGUCAGUGACAUCAUGACGCGUAAGGAGUGCAUCAUAAAGUGCAUUUGCCUAUAAUGCACAUCCCUGUUCAGAUGUUAUGGCGCAACCUGGUGCGUCAUUACGUGCCAGACGAUACGUUACGCCCCGUUUUGAAACCUUAUGACCUGGAACGUUACGACGCAGUUCUUAAACGUCAAACAGUCCGAAAAUAUGAGUGCUGGAUUGAACUUUCGAUUUUAUGACGCAAUGCCCUUGCGGUAAACAUAACGCACAUAUUGCAUUCUAGUUUAUAGACUUAAAAAUUCGAUACAGAUUGGUUUAAGAAAAGUCGAAAAAUAAACUGACUAGAUGUGUAUUGCACGUAGUACAGCUAAAUUCGCAGUUCUUAUCAUUUUUUGGGAGGUGGCCUUAAUGGCCCUUUGUCAUGAAAAAAUUCGAAAAUACCGACUAGCACCAUCACUUUAAAUGUUUGGGCUUGGAAUUUAUUUCGAAAUUUUUGUAGUAAGCUGUCCAUAUAGGAUAUUCAUAAUUUUUUGUGGUGCAUCUUGUUUAGGCAAGACUCUGACUGGAUUACGGUUAAUCAGUUAUAAUCAGUUCCUCGGCCCAUACAAAAAUGGAUUGUUAUUGGUUACUGCACACUUGAUUCAUAAAGAAUAUGAAUGAAUAUGAAUAAAAAAUGGCUCAACCAGUAUGUUUUCCAAACUAUUUGAAGAUUUAUGGCUCAUAGUUAUUCUAAGAUUUACGCUUUCAAGAAUGAUAAACGAAAAGUCAAUCUAACGCCUAUCCACCUUCUAUUGACCUGCGAGGAGAGUGGCAGCCACUAUCCAUCAGUCGUUUCACCUCAAAGCUGUUCACGUCUCCGUUCCUUGUGUAACCCUACGACCGGGGUAAAAAGAGGCAAAACUCUUGGUGUUUUCAUUUGAUUGCACUGGAAAUUUAUUUAUUUUAAAUUGUCCAUUACACAACGCAAGAGCAAACUAAGCUGAACCAUCGUCUAGGGCACACGGGAGGAAAAACUAGGUCGUUCCUGAAACAAAAGAUGAGAUAUUGAUUAGUUUAAGUUAAACGUAGACAAGAUAAGAAGUACUCAUUAGGCGAUUUAAAAAAAAAAUAGAAAGCACAAACAGAAAGCAGAACUUAUUCUACCUGAAUGUUUGCCCCAAACUUAUUAAUAUCAAUAGUAUCAUAUUUUCGAUCAUAGUCUUCAACCAAUUUUUUCAAUCAUCAAACAACAACCACCACCACCAUACUCGUAUACUGUAUGAAAGAUAUAAAUAACGCAGAGAAUCAUCUACAUUUCAAAGACAACAGUAUGCCAAAAACGUUGAUAGCAUUAUUGCAACCAAGAAUAGUUAAAGGACAUUACAUGAUAACGUAUUACCUAUAUUGACGGAUACUAGAACUUCACUUGCUUCAGUUACGGUUUCU